AUGGAGCGCGGCGCCAGCGGUAGUAGUCACCAUCAUCAACAUGCUGCCGCCGCCUCCACCGCUGCUGCUGGCCACAGUUACAUGACCCACCACGGCGCCGCCACCGCUGCUGACGUUGAAUAUGAGUACAAUACGUCGGGCAAGUCUUCCUUCGACAAUCCCGCCACCAAGAAAAAGCCACCUAAACUGAAAGCCAUUAAUCGUUCCCUAUCGAUGGCAAUCGACAACUACGCACCGCCGAUCGGUAGCGGCGGCACUGGCUCACCAUCAACGAUGAUUUUGGACGACUCGCUUAUCGUCGAACAGCCGCUUAUACAUCGUUCCGCGUCUCCGCUACCUCUGCGCUCCGCACCGCCGCAGACACUUGCGAUACCCGCGCAUCAAAUACUUGGUGGGGGUGGCAUUGACGGCAAUCGCGCCGUCUCGCCUGCACUCUCGGCACGCCAACAACAUCAUCAACAACAACACAGCCUACAUACGUUUCAGAAUAUGGCGGCGCAAGCACGUCAGCAGCAACAACAGCAAGCGCAUCAUCAUUCGAGUUCGACGAGCUCGCCCACAUCGCAUGCGGUUAGCCCGUUGCCAGUGCGCGUACCAUUGGCACACCAGCCGGACAUCUACUUGGUCAGCAGCAGUAGUCUGGGCGAAGACGUGGGCGCACUCGGUGGUGGCGUUCGUGGCGGCAGCAGUUCGCCUAUACAGUUCAUCGAUGACUAUAUGCUGCCGCCGUCGUCGCAUCGACAUACGGUCAGCGCUACGCACCCGCUUAAAAAGAAUAUGUUUCGUCGCUCUGAUACUAUUGACGUACAUCCGGCUUCCACUUUUCAGAUGAAGAAGACCCACUCGUUUCACGCGCAACAAGACUCCGCCUCCACAAUAGAUCAAAUGUUGCUAUCCGCCGCGAGCGCGUCGCAAGGCUCGUCGGCGUCGUCGAGUAGACGCACAAGUUCGGUGCGCGGCAAUUUCCUAAUGCCGGGUCAUCCCGGCAGUGGUGGGAGCAAAGAUCUGAGUCGUUCACCAUCGCCCAGUCGACGAGGUUGUCGUUCACACCGCUCCUUCAACGAUCCAGGUCGCCGGCCUAGCAUCAAACCGGAGUCAGUAGUCGAAUCGCAAAUACGGCAUCCAUCGCUCAACGACGAACUAAUGGAGUCCUUAGAGGGUCGUUCAGCGGCGACGCUUUUUCCACAGCAAAACCUCUCGCUCGAAAAUGAGCUCUUCGUAGAGUCGCGUUCGCGCAGCAACAGCAGCACAAAAAUGGAGGAUGUUGGCAUGGAAGUGGCUGCAGCUCAGCGAGCUGCUGCUAUAUUACUGGCGCGCAAAAGUUCGAGCUCCUUCGAGGAUGGCAGCGGCGCCUCAGCUAUGACGCACGGCGGCACUCAUCCACCUUCGGCGUCUGGGAGUAGUCUAAAGAAGAGGGGCGAACAUCCGCACACACGUCAACACAGCUCACAGAGUCUCGAAUUGGAUGGACGCCCUUCAACUUCUGCGGCAGCAGCAGCAGCAGCGGCCGCAGCACAUGGCCACCAACCGCACGCGUUACAACUUCAUAGCGCCGCUGCGGCGGCCACAGCCGCCUAUCACUUUAAACGCGGUGCGCAACACGGUCGCUCACUCUACUUAUCGCCAAACAACCUCGAAGAGCUGCAAGUGCAUCAGCGUCCCAGCAUUCUUGCCGCAGCGGCUGCCUUUCAGGGCACCAACGCCAGCGCCAGCGUUAAACAAGCAAAAGCAUUACACAGCGCCAGCAUGCGUUUGCGCACUUAUCGUGAAACACUCAGUGCGACCAAGAAAUCGAAAAGUUUUAUUGGCGAUGGCGCCUAUCCGCCCCCCGCUGUGACAGGCAACGAGUUCGAACUCACAUCACCCCACCGACGCAAUAGUCGUCCAUUGUCUAGUGCGGUCGGCGGCACUGUAGACGAUAUCAAGCGUAGUCCACGUCCGUUAGCGCUCACGCCGACCUCCGCUGCAGCGGCUACCGCUUUUAUGGAGGAGAAGCGUCCCUCUUUCGAACGUAAACCGUCGCUGACGUACGAACUCAGCGAUGCUGCUUUCGAGCAAGUGCUACGUCCAUUUCAUCACAAAGUGGCCGGACGAAAGGCUUCGAUGAGUGGCGGUUCACAUAAGGCGCUCAAAAAGAAAUCGCUCAGUGACGAAACAGACGAAGAGGAAGAAGCCGAUCGGAAACGAAAACGAAUCGUUUGCAUUGUGAUGACAGUGUUCCUAUGCUUGGUAUGCGCCAGUGUGCUGGUUGUGAUACUCACACUAACGCACUCCUCCGGCCAGUCAACACAUCAUCACGGACCGAGCAAGAAGAUCUACACAUUUUCACGCGAGACGCCAGUGCAUUAUAACGUUCGCCAAGAAAGUGAGCGCCUACUCAAGGAGACAUUGGAUCGUGCGCGCUCUAUCAAAAACGCAACGGAAGCAGCAUCCCAGCUAGCGCAACAACAAAUUCCAUAACACAACGGCGAUUCGGCGGAGCGUAGCAGAAAAUUAGAUUUUCCGCCACAAUUGUUGCACCACCAACAACUGCCAUUGCAACAAGAUCAAGAACAAGAACGGCUACAUAAUAAAGGCACUGUACUGAGCUUCGUGAGUGGCGCGUUUGUACGAUUUUUAGCGCGUUUCGCCGAAAGCAAUGAAAAUUUUGAUAGCAACAAUGAAG